CAUUACUGCCGGCCGCCUCACCACCGCAGAUCUGUGUCGCCGUCACCGGCCGCAGCCACACCACCGCUUCCACCGCAGACACACCACCGCGUUCGCCAUUGCAGCGCCUUCCACCAUCCCGCACGCCAUUGCAGCGCUCUCCGUCCUCGCUCAGUCGCUCCUCAGUCCUCACUUCAGCGACUCAGCGACUCAGCGGCGACCGUACGGGACUCAGGCACUCAGCGACUGCAACUCACCUCAGCACCUCAGCGGACCUCACCUCAGCCCUCUACCCUAACUCCUCGGCUCAAGAUAUGGACCGGAGUUGGAUGUAUGAAAAUCGCACUACAUUCAAAUACGUGCAAGGGGUUCAAGAGUUUAUACAAUAUGCUGAAGAAAAUAGGAGUAAAAAGGCGGAAGAUUAUAUUGUGUGUCCUUGUUGCGAUUGUAAGAAUUUGAGAAGAUAUCGUAAUUCUGAUGAAGUCAAGGCUCAUUUGAUACGGCGUGGUUUUAAAGAAGGGUACAAUAGAUGGAUAUGGCAUGGUGAAAGCUUACUUCCUAGUACUAAUGCAAGUAUUCCUAGUACUAGUGCAAGUAAGGAAACUCAUAUAAAUAGUGAAACUCAUGCACAUAGUGAAACUCAAGCAGAUAGUCAAACUCAUGAAGAUAAUGAGAAGAAUAACGCAUCUCAUGUUAGCAAUGAUGAGGAUGAUGAAGAUAAUGACCGGAUAGAUAAAAUGAUGCAUGAUAUGCAGGAAGAUUUUAGUGAAAUACCUCCUGAACUUAAAAGUUUUUUUGAAAAUGCUGAAAAACCUUUGUUACCUGGAAGUACUAAAUUUACUAAGUUAUCUGCCGUGCUUAAAUUAUAUAAUUUGAAAGCAAAGAAUGGAUGGAGUGAUAAGGGUUUCACGGAAUUAUUAGAACUACUAAAAGUCAUGCUUCUUGGUGACAAUGAACUCCCCAAUUCAACUUACGAAGCAAAAAAAAUAGUGGGGUUACACAAGUACCAUUAUCAAAAGAUUAUUCAACUGCUAAGGAUACUAAACCAAUUGAUGCUACUAUGUCUUAUAUAUUAUUAA